GGCGCGCAAGCGGGAGUUCCGGCGGAGGCCCGUGCUGAGUGCUGGCGCCUUCACCAUGGCCUCGUCUGAGCUGGACUACACCAUCGAGAUCCCGGAUCAGCCCUGCUGGAGCCAGGAGAACAGCCCCAACCAAGGCGGGAAGGAGGUGGGGACACGACAGCCUUUGGUGAUUCUCUUGGGCUGGGGUGGCUGCACCGACAAGAACCUUGCCAAGUACAGCGCCAUCUACCACAAAAGGGGCUGCAUCGUGAUCCGAUACACAGCCCCAUGGCACAUGGUCUUCUUCUCCGAGUCCCUGGGCAUCCCUUCACUUCGUGUUUUGGCCCAGAAGCUACUUGAGCUACUCUUUGAUUACGAGAUUGAGAAGGAGCCCCUGCUCUUCCAUGUCUUCAGCAAUGCUGGUGUCAUGCUGUACCGAUACGUGCUGGAGCUCCUGCAGACCCAUCGGCGCUUCUGCCACCUGCGUGUGGUGGGCACCAUCUUUGACAGCGGUCCUGGUGAUAGCAACCUGGUGGGGGCUCUGCGGGCCCUGGCAGCCAUCCUGGAGCACCGGCCUGCUGUGCUGCGCCUGCUGCUCCUGGUGGCCUUCGCCCUGGUGGCAAUCCUGUUCCAUGUCCUGCUCGCUCCACUCACUGCCCUCUUCCACACCCACUUCUAUGACAGGCUACUCGAUGCAGCCUCUCGCUGGCCUGAGCUCUACCUCUACUCGAGGGCCGACGAGGUGGUCCUGGCCAGGGAUGUGGAACGCAUGGUGGAGGCACGCCUGGCACACCGGGUCCUGGUGCGCUCUGUGGACUUUGUGUCAUCUGCACAUGUCAGCCACCUCCGCGACUACCCUGCUUACUACACAAGCCUCUGUGUCAACUUCAUGCGCAGCUGUGUCCACUGCUGAGCUCCUUCCCCACCCAACACCCACCCAACUUACCUUUACUCCAGAAAUAAAUGCCUGACAC